AUGGCGGUCCGGCUGGGCCCUGGCUGUUUGAGGAUAGGAGUAGCUCCUGCUGAACUUUGCACCUCACCAUCACCGUCACCAUCACCAUCACCAUCACCAUCACCACAGCUCUGCACUUCCCCCAAUUGGACCAUCGAUGUCUCAGACGUCAGAACGAUCAAGGUGACCAAUGUGCCUCUGUCAGCAACAGCAGAGAACAUGAAGGAGUUCUUCUCCUUCUCUGGCGACAUCGAGUACGUCGAGAUGCGAAGGGACUCAGAGACGUCUCAGGUUGCUUAUGUCACCUUCAAGGAGUUCCAUGGAGCUGACAAGGCUCUGCUCCUCUCUGGAUCAAGCAUGUGUGGCGAUGUUCCUGUGAACAUCGCACCAGUGGAAGACUACGAACUGCCACCGGAAGCCUACUCCCAUCCAGAAGUAAGGUCACCGGCGCCAGGAAUGCCGACCAGGGAGGCCGUGAAGAAGGCGGAGGAGGUGGUGAGCACCAUGUUGGCCAAGGGCUUCGUGCUGAGCAAGGACGCGCUGCGGCGCGCGCAGUCGUUCGACGGCCGGCACCAGCAGCUGCUGUCCACGGUGACGGCGCGGGUGGCGUCGCUGGACCGCCGCCUGGGGCUCAGCGACAAGUUCAGCCUCGGCACGGCCGCGGCGCGCGGCGUCGACGAGCGGUUCCAGGUCACGGAGCGCGCCUGGGGCGCCUUCUCCGCGGCCGGGGAGGUCGUGGCGGGCAGCCCCUACGCGUCUCGCGGCACCGCCUGGGUGUCGGCCGCCGUCGGCGCCGUCGCCAGGGCCGCGUCCGACGUCGGUGCCAUGACCAUGGAGAAGGUGGUCAGGGCCGAAGUGGAGGGCACGGCGGCGUUCGGUGCGGGCGCCGAGGCGGCGGGGCAAGGGCACGCGGCCCGUGUCGACGUGCACGACGAACAUGGAGUUGCAGCUCAGCACGGUCCACCUAAAGAAUAA